UGUGUGUGCAAUAACCUCCUAUUUCUGACACAGCACAGGCACACACAGGACACACUAUGCAAAACCGUGGUUUCUGUCAAUACAUACAACCUUUCACAGACAGUGGGCACAUAUCCACAUUUGAUGACACAGAAGCACAUGUGCAGAUUCAGUCAGGCGGAAACAUAAUCUUUUACCAGGCAGAGCUUUUCCCAUUCUCACACACGUUGUGAAACCACUGCAUUGAGAGUGCUAGUGUGAGGCAUCGUAGAGAGCGUACACCUUCUUUACUGUCUUAUUUUCACGGACACAAGUACGCGGCAGCUAGUUCUUCUUUGACGCAAAGAUGGCUUCCACAGAAACCCAGACCGUGCUAUCCACAGCCAUAAGCUCCUUCAUUAAUGCAACCUCCUUGACUAACGCAGGCUCCGUACCCUACACCUCAAAGCCACCAGAUCAUAACGAGUACAGCAGAGUCCUCCUGGCCAUCUACUCUGUGGUUCUGCUCAGUGGUACCAUCAGUCUGAGCCUGAUGAUGCACAUGAUGAAGUCCGGCAGUACAUCCAUCACCUCAAUUGCUGUACUCAACCUCAUCUUUUGCCACUUUGUCUUCCUCCUUACUGUCCCCUUCAGGAUUUAUUAUUACGCAUCUAGGAACUGGAGCCUUGGCAUCGGGUUGUGUAAAGUGGUCAGCAGCAUGAUCCACAUCCACAUGUACAUGUCUUUUAUAUUCUAUGUGAUCAUCCUCAUCACACGCCUGAUGGCAUUCUACAAAAAUGUUGAACAACUGGGCUUCUUCCGGAGGAUUCAUGCAUUCCUUUUAAGUGCUGUGGUAUGGAUUGUGGUGCUUAUUUCUGUCCCUUUGACCAUUGUUUAUCACUAUGGUGAAAAAAAUAAGCAUAACCACAGUGAUAACUCUACUUGCUUCAAGUUUGGCAGUAACAUAACUCCCAGUGUCAAGUGGUCAAACUACUUCAUAAGCACGCUGAUCAUAGUGGUGGCAACUGUGCUGACAGCAUUCCAAGCCAAUGUCGUAUGGGUUUUAUAUAGGAAGCAUCAUCAGGAAAUCACCUAUCAGCAGGACUUCGGGGCUCAGCUGAAGAGCUUGUGCUUUGCUCUCAUUAUGGUGGUCUGCUUCAUCCCCUACCACAUGUUUCGGCUGCAUUACAUAGAACACAUUGAGCAAGAGAAUAUUAAUGAGGUGUUUCUGAGUCUGACCACUUUUACCUGUUUCGACAUGCUCACUUUUUUGGGGAGGAGAUCCUGCCGCACGUGUUUCUUGAUAAACUGUUGGUAGCAUGAUGGGGUCAAGGGUUUUUUUUACUUUUACUGUUCUAUGACGUUCUGUAAUACAUGCACGCAGCAGGAUAUACAAAACAUUUAUGUCCUGUACUUCUACUUAUUUUGGAAAAUUAAGUACCUUGUCUACUCUGCCUUUUUUUUGUCUCACACCUCAGGAUUAUAGAGAAGUGUGUGUGACUGUAUGUUGGUCUGCAUGCACUAGCUACUUACUAGUCUUUGAGCUGUUGUCAUCCCCAUUUAUUUUGUUUAAAAGAGUUUCAAAAGCCUGUUAUUCUUUGCCUUGAUUAGAUAGUUGAAAGUGCGAAAGUGAGACAGAGCAUAACAUGCAACUACAACCAGAACUGAACAGUGGAUGUUAUGUUUGUGUCAACUGUUUAUCAAAAUAUUAAAAGAAUCUGACACGACUGGAAA